UCGACUGUCAUGGCGGCCCCCCUUGGAAUCCACUUGUCUUGCGGGAGAUUCACGAGGACGAUCUUUAGGACCCCAUAUCGGGCCCUAUGGGGCCAGGACAGAAAGAAGCAGGAAGAGGUAAAGGAGCCUGAGAAUGUAGUUGAGAUGAAAGAUGAACCUAUUCUGGAAUGUCCACCACCACGAAGUCGAAAAUACAUUCCUCCUGAGGAUCUCCAGAGUCGUUUAGAAUCUCAUGUCAGGGAAGUUUUUGGUACAUCCCUCAACAAUGAUUGGCAAGAAACCAUCUUGGAAAAGAGUCAACUAAAGUUUUUUCUCUUAGCACAGCUGGCUGAAGAAUUUGGCCAUGCAGUACCCAACUCUAGGCUUCAUCAGAUGCACAGUGUUAAGGAUGUUGCUCAUUUCUAUAGCAUCCCUGUGCAGGAUGGAACGAAAUUUGAUGAGAUUAGCUCUAGACAGUUGCCUUCCAACUUGAAAAUCAGCUGGGAUUAUUAAAGCAAAUUGAAUUUGAAUUUUAUUUUUUUCCCUAAAGGAGAGAGAGACUUCUCAUCAACCUUUUAAAAACUUAACAUCAUGUGAAAUUUUUCUGCUAGAGCUCUUAUUUCCAGGAAGAACAUAUUUUUGAUUUACAAGUGAAUUCAUGUGUUAAAAAAAAGUGAGCAUGAAAGGAAUUUUUACUUUCCUGCUAGAACAAUUUUCUUUCCUGUACUUUAUGGAAUCAGAUGACUUAUGUUCUGCCCUGAUUAUGUGUUUGUUUAAUAAAUA